UUAGCGGCUAGACUAGCGCGCGCUCCACGGCGACGCGCAUGGAGGGGGAAUAGGAAGAAGGAAGAGAGGACGUUGAACAAACUUGAUAACUUCUAGCUGACUGGCUAGAAAUCUAUUUGUGCUACAGUGUAACUGUUUACUUACUUCUAUAAAGAUUUUGUUAGCUAACAAAGGGUCUACAUUCUACAUUCAGUUCUCGCUGUCUCAACUCACCACACGACCCGACCGGCGGACCCGGGCAGAGCAGUUUUCAAACAGACGUUGCACUUGCUCAUCCGACCUGAAGCCAUCCACCGCUAUAAAGUCACAUUUGUAGCCUUCGUUGAAGUGCAGGGACAAACAGUCAAUUGAAGUAACGCUGUACACAAGCAGCUCGCUGGUUCAAGGCUCGGACUCUUCCUCUUAGUGGGAAAACUUGUCCGCUGCUGGAGGGGCAGACAAGGCCUUGCGGUUGAGGAGGCUGCAUGUGUUGAAGACGGCUGCUGGCGACGUUAGCUGAACACUGAUAAACAUGUCGGCCCAGGCACAGAUGCGAGCGAUGCUGGACCAGCUCAUGGGGACGGGGAGAGACGGUGACACCAUGCGACAGAGAAUCAAAUUCACAGAUGAGCGAGUCUGCAAAAGUCAUCUUUUAGAUUCAUGUCCUCAUGACAUCCUCUCAGGCACCAGAAUGGACCUGGGAGAGUGUAUGAAAGUGCAUGACUUGGCGCUUCGAGCCGAUUACGAGAUCGCCUCCAAGGAGCAGGAAUACUUCUUUGAACUUGAUGCCGCUGAGCACCUUCAGUCUUUCAUCGCUGACUGUGACCGCAGAACUGAGCUGGCCAAGAAGAGACUAGCCGAGACGCAGGAUGAGAUCAGUGCUGAAGUGGCUGCAAAGGCUGAGCGUGUCCAUGAGCUGAACGAAGAGAUUGGGAAGCUGCUGGCCCGGGCAGAGCAGCUGGGAGGUGAGGGGAAUGUAGAAGAGGCCCAGCAGCUGCUGGAAAAGGUGGAGAAGACCCGGGCAUUAAAGAAGGAAGCAGAGGAUAUUUACAGGAACUCAAUGCCUGCCUCAAGUUUUCAGCAACAGAAACUGCGGGUGUGUGAGGUAUGCUCUGCCUACUUGGGUCUCCAUGACAAUGAUCGUCGCCUGGCCGACCACUUUGGAGGGAAGCUGCACCUCGGUUUUAUUGAAAUCCGCGAAAAGCUUGAAAAGCUAAGGAAAGCUGUUGUAGAGAAACAAGAAAGAAUGCGCACGAGACGACGAGAGGAACGUGAAAGAGAAGAUGAAAGAGAGCGACAGUGGGAGCUGGAGAGGGAGCGGGAAAGAGAGCGAGAGAGGGAAAGAGAGCGGGAACGAGAGCGGGAGAGAGAGCGAGAGAGGGACCGAGAAAGGGACCGAAGGAGGUCAAGAUCUAGAAGUGGAGAUCGAUACAGGGAUGGAGGCAGUUCAUCCUCCCAUCGUUCAAGACGCCACCGCUCCUCUCGCUCGAGAGAAGAAGGUGGGGAACGGGAUCGUGAAAGAGAGAGAGAGAGGAAACAUCGACACAAGGACAGACAUCGCUCACGCUCCCAUUCGCACAGACGCAAAAAGAAAAGAUCCUCCAGAGAAAGAUUGUCUCACACCCGCGACAGAGAGCGCUCAGUGUCCCAGGAGAGAUGGAGAGAGGGUGCAGGAGAUGGAUGGCGUGGCGACAGAGCAGAUUACAGAGACUGGGAGGACCGGGAGAGGUCCACCUCUCCAGACAUGGCCAGGGACAAGGAACGAGAGAGAUCCCUGUCGUACGAGCGAGACCGACGGUCCAGCUCAGAAGAACGAGAGUCUGGGGAGAUUUGAGCAGCAUGGGGCGCCUCCAAAGAGUUUAAUUUGGAUAUAUUAUUUGAUUUAAAAAGGAAAAAAAGGAGCAUGGAGAGAUGAGUGUGCUGGUGUGAGUGUGUGCGUGUGUGUUGACUUUGUAUAUGUAUUCAUGUUGAAAACAGGACAUGUACAUUAGCCGGGGUGGUGGUCAAUGGUGGCGGUAAAGGAAACCUGCAUACCCACUUUUAUAAGACUGUGAGGCAAGACUGAUCUGGAAGCAGUAUAGUUAUAAUUUUUUAUGCCAUCUUGAUGGUCCUGUGUACAGUUACUUUCACACUGAUGAGAGAAGGGUGGUGAAGACAGCAGCCCUACUUUAAGUCCAUUUUUAUUUUACUCACAUGAAUUGAUGUAUUUUUUUAUCCUUAGUUUAAUGUUAAUCCUGUUCCUCCUGUUCAAUUAGGAAUCUCAGUUUCAGUAGCACAGAUCAGACUCGUUAAUGUGGCAUAGCGCUCGCGGUAAUGCUUGAAAUGAACAGCGAAUGACUUAAGGCACUUCUCGUGGUUGUUUUACUUGCUGCCUUCAAGCCAUAACAAUCUCAUUUUGCCAAUUUGACACACAUUGGUUAAGAUGCCGUGAUGAGCUUGUACGCUGAAUAUAAACUCACUCAUCCCCCCCCGAAAGAAGUUGUCCGAGUAUUUCCUCUCUGUUCUGAAGGGAUAUAAAUGAUGUGAAUAUUUACAUUCUGACACUUUGCUGUGAUACAACCUUGAUGUUUGUGGGCAAUCUACUUUGCUAUGCCACCAUUAAGUGAAUACAAUUUUUUUUUGCUUCCAUUCAAACACAAAAUAUCCAGAUUUCUCUUUAACAUGUGUCCUGCUUUUUACAGCUUCAUUAGAUUAAAUCCAGCUUGGCAGCAAAAAGUUUUGUGGUUGGAGAAGAACAGUCCUUUUCUCCUCCUCUUUUUUUUUCUUCUUUUGAUGCCUCAAUAUACACACAUAUACACAUAAUAGAAAAAUAGGAAGCAAUCUGGUUCAGCACAUCACAGCUUUAACUUGCACAUUCCUGUUGCCUAAAGCUGAAGGCAGCUCUUUAGGUAGAUGUGUUGGCAGAGCUGUUGUACUGGAUUUCACUGAUGUCCAUCUACACAUGUAUACAACAAAUCACCCACAAAUGCUGUUUUCUAAUGUAGUCAUUGCUUAAAACCAUAUAAAUUACAUUUAUAAUGUAUUUCAUUUUAGCACUACAGCUAAAAUGUACACUGACCCCUUCAUUAGUACACCUGUUCAACUGCUCAUUAAUGGAAAUCUGAUCACAUGGCAGCAACACAGUGUAUUUAGGCACGUAGACAAAAUUGGGACAACCUGCUGAAAUUCAACCUGAGUGUGAGAAAGCGGAAGAAAGUGAUUUGAGUGACUAAUUAGAAAUUGCUGAUCUACUGGCAUUUACUCUGGUAAAUGUGAAAAAGUACAGAAUUAAAAAGUAGCUCUUUGGAGGACAUUUAUUUUUGUGCAAAGCUAUCUGCUGAACCUUGUGCUGUAUUAAUAUAAUAAAGCAAUAUUAGUACAUGGGAAUACAAACAUUUCAAUCUAAAUUCUAAUGAAUGUAGUCAUCUUGAGCAUCUCUUAAGUAGAACAUGAGCCGAGCAUUUUCAUGUAACCCUUGAAUAACAGUAUACUUGUUUGUUUUGUAGUAAGAACAAAACUUCACAUCAUAAACAGAUCCAAUAUCUCAUUAAAAAAAUGACAUUAUUUGUAAGCUUUAAAUUUCCGGUUUAUUAAAUGUCACUGAG